ACCACCCGCGCGGCCAUCGCCAGCAUCCUUUUCCCUUCAUCCUCAUUGCGUCGCUGAUCUGCGACCCAGCUUGCCCAAGAUGGCGCGCGUCUACGCCGACGUCAACCAGAACAUGCCCCGUAGCUACUGGGACUACGACAGCGUCAACAUCAGCUGGGGUGUUCUCGAGAACUACGAAGUCGUCCGUAAGAUUGGUCGGGGCAAGUACUCCGAGGUCUUUGAAGGCAUCAACGUCGUAAACUAUCAGAAGUGUGUUGUCAAGGUUCUCAAGCCUGUUAAGAAGAAGAAGAUCAAGCGAGAGAUCAAGAUCCUGCAGAACUUGGCCGGCGGCCCCAACGUUGUUGCGCUGCUCGACGUCGUGCGAGACUCCCAGAGUAAGACACCGUCUCUCAUUUUCGAGUAUGUCAACAACACCGACUUCCGAAGCCUGUACCCCAAGUUCAACGACCUUGACGUGCGAUUCUACAUCCUGGAGCUGCUCAAGGCUCUGGACUACUGCCACAGCAAGGGAAUCAUGCACCGAGACGUCAAACCUCAUAACGUUAUGAUCGACCAUGAGAACAGAAAGCUGCGUCUGAUUGAUUGGGGUCUGGCUGAAUUCUACCACCCCGGAACCGAAUACAACGUGCGUGUAGCAUCCCGGUACUUCAAGGGUCCCGAACUGCUGGUCGAUUUCCAGGAGUACGACUACAGCCUGGAUAUGUGGAGUCUGGGUGCCAUGUUUGCCUCCAUGAUCUUCCGGAAAGAACCAUUCUUCCACGGCAACAGCAACUCGGAUCAGCUUGUCAAGAUCGCAAAGGUCCUUGGCACGGAUGAUCUUUUUGACUACCUUGACAAGUACGAAAUAGAAUUGGAUGCACAGUAUGAUGAUAUUCUGGGACGAUUCCAGAAGAAGCCUUGGCAUAGCUUUGUCACAUCGGAAAACCAGCGUUUUGUCUCUAACGAAGCCAUCGACUUCCUUGAUAAGCUGCUACGCUACGAUCAUCAGGAGCGUCUCACGGCAAAGGAGGCCCAAGCCCAUGCCUAUUUCAACCCUGUUCGGGAUCCUGAAGUUUUCAAGCAGAACUUGAUCGGCGCUAACGGAGGACCGUACAAGUCCUGAAGAACAUUGAUGCCUUAUUUUAUUUUCCUAUUUUUCUAUCUCGAGUAUCGCGUUCCUUCUGCUCUCCCACCCCCAUCAAUGCCAUUUGAACCAUUACCUCUUGAAGAUAACUAUAGCUAUUUUGGCCGUGCUGCCUAAUAAAGCUUACGUGUUCUCUAUAAGACAGAAUAUGUGCAAGGAGGGACAAGCCAUGGGUAAAAGAAAAAUGGAGGGGCAAAACGACUAUGGUGAACGGCAAUUCUUAUGUUGACGUUUUUUGCGGAAGUGUGAUAGGAACAACAAUGUUCAGCGCUGGAUAUGAGAAAGAAAGCAAGCGGCUAGGAAAUGACUACAGCGAACAGACCUCUCUAUUCCCCCCUUUCCCCCUAACUCAUCCCAUUCCCUCCCCUUUCAAAUCCUUCACCAGUUUAUGAAAUCUGGGGCUGUAUCUCACUCAGUCAGUCGGUCUGCGGCGUUUCAGGAAAUUUGGGCAUUUGACAAACUCGGGAGCGAGGCAAGCAAGGGGAAGGGGGGAUUCUCAUCCAUAGUUUCUCGCUUCUUGUUAACGACUUGGAACACUUUAUUUGAUUUGCGGGUACCUAAUAUGAGGUAGCGGGUAAUAUAUUGCCAUUACACACUGCCUGUUUUACGUCUCUCUCUCUUUUGUUAAAACGAAAAGAAGAAAAAUAUGCCUCCG